GUUAAAAAGUUGUCUGUUUGAUAGUGUGUAGUGCUCGUGAUGGAAAUUGUGCGAGAAAACAUGCGUGCGGAACGGUUAAAAGCGAGCCAAACGUGCCGCUUCUGUUUGUCCCAGAGCGUACGGCUGAGUUCCAUCUAUGUACCGCCGGAGCAGAACAAAACAACGCCACUUGCGCUGCAAAUAAUGGCUUGUGUGGGAAUAGAGGUUUACAGAGAGGAUGGCAUGCCGGGGAUGAUUUGUGAAAAUUGUCGUACGCUCAUGAAUUAUUGCUACCAGUUCAAGCAGAUGUGCAACAACGCCGAUACGCAGCUGAAAACAUUCCUUUCCACUGGCAUUUGGCCGAAGCCGUUAUUGCUUCCGAAAGAGUUAGCAACGUUGUUGCCAAAUUUGAAACAAUCACCACUCCGUACGACGAAAUCUCCCGGAUCCGGACCGGCUCAGUCAAGAAGUACGGAAAGUUUAGUCGAAAAGGAAAAGAAAAUCAACAUUAUAAAGCUCAGCCCCAAUGAUUUGAAAAAUAUUAAACUGGGUCAGAAAAUUAAUUUCGACAAUCUGGGCAUUCCCAAAAUGGCUGGCAAAACCGGGACGGUGCUGUCGGUGGGCAGCGAGGAGAAUAAUAAUUCAGCCCGCAAGCCACUCAUGACAUCCACCCCAUUACCAAAGCGUGCGAAGGAAGUAGAUGUCAUUACCAUGGCCAACAGUGAAGCGCCCAAAGGAUCCCAAGAGGAGAAAAAGCAACGGAUGAAGAAGGAAACGAUGGUGCAGGAAAACAAAGUCAUCAAUGGACCAAUCAUACUGAAUAAACUGGCCAAUGCGGUGGUUCCCAAGGUUGAGGAAGAGUUUAUCUCUACCGGCGACGGCACGGUAGAGAUGAUAAUGAGCUACGAAAUGGUAGAACCACCGGCUACCAACAAAACAGACGUAUUUCCCUGUCCCGAGUGUCAGAAAACGUACCCAUUGAAGCAGCUGCUGGACAUACAUCUGUUGUCACACAAACGGGAACGCAACCAUCCGUGCGAAGAGUGUGACAAGCGCUUCUUUUCCAAGUACGAUCUGGCCAAGCAUGUGGCAACGCACACCGGCGAACGGCCGUACAUUUGUGUAAUUUGUCGUGCCUCGUUUUCGCGCUCAACCUUACUGACACGCCAUCAAGCGAAACACAAGGAUGAACCGAAAGAGCUGUGCACGUACUGUAACCGCUCAUUCCUUUCGUUGGACGAAUUUAACAAACACAUCGAAAACCACGAAAAGAAUCGUCCCUUCAAGUGUACCCUUUGCCCGAAACGGUUUGCCUACAAGCAGGGCCUCGAAAGGCACGAAAUUGUGCACAAGGAAAAGCUACCCUUCCAGUGUGAAUAUUGCGAACAGAGCUAUUUGACCGCUGGCAAGCUGUCCCGCCAUCUGGCAACGCACGCCGGCGAUCGUCCGUAUCCGUGCCGGUUCUGUAACAAAUCGUUCCUGCUUAGCCAUCACCUUUCACGCCAUCUCCGGCGGCACAAUGGCCGUGGCGAGUACAAAUGCGCCGACUGUAACGAACUGUUGAACAGUAUGGACGAACUGGUGUACCAUUCGGCACAGCACGCGGUGCAGAGUCUUAUCUGUCCGCUGUGCCGUGAACCGUUCGAUAGUGUCGAUUCGGUCACGGAGCAUAUCAGGACGCACGCGGACCAACCGCAUUAUGCGUGUGAUUAUUGUGACUUGAUGUACACGAGCGAACGAGCACUGAACAAUCACUGUUCGGAAUGUCACGCGAACGAGUUGGCGUACGAACUGCCCGAAAAUCAAUUUUCCAUUGUCAUGUCAGAGGACGAUAGCGUGCCACCGGCUUCGUCGUCGGGUGAAAAAAUGCUGGAAAUAGAGUCGACGGACGCAACGGAAUCGGCCCAAGCUAACAACGACGUUUUGGAGUACGAAACGAUGUUAGAGGAGGACAUUUUGGACAGCAUGUAUCUCCAAGAAGAUGAAUCAACACUAGUCCCCGACCCAUUAAACAAUUCGCAGACUUUUGAAAUCACAGAAAUUGAAGUAACAACCCAAAAACCGAAAGACAUCCAGAAAAAUGAUACUCCCAAGCCAUCCCCAACGCAAGGAACACCUAAAAAAGUAACCCCAACAGCACCAGCAGCACCAGCUGCUGCACCAACAGUAACUAAAAAACCAGCAAUGACCAAGCCAGUGCCAAGUACAACCGUCACCGGUUCUUCACAACAGAAAAAAUCUCAAACUAUCGCAGUACAACCGGACGACAGUAAGGCAUCACGUCAACAGCGUAUGGAAGAAUUCUACAAGCGAAACGAAGCAGCAGUGGAGAAGAAAAUUGCUCAAAGGAAUGUGUCGGAUGCAUUGAAAAAGCUACCCAAAGGCGUAACGGUUACGAAACCAACCUCCUCAUUGUCAACCAUUACUACCGCAUCAAGCAGUAGUGGUGGAUCCACUGAGCAGCUGAAAGUCAAAUUAGAAGCAAAACAAGCGACUGAGAGCGUUAAGUCUAUUGCACCUGCAACCCUUCCAUCCACAACCAUACCUCAGAAGCGUGGACCUGGAAGACCGCCGAAAGUAAAACCAGAUGAUCCGGCAAAGAACGUCGCAGCUGAGCCACAGGCAGUUGUGAAAGGUGGUGGUAAUCUGAAAACGAUUCCACCGAGACAUUCCAUUCUUCCAACAAAGAUCGCAAAACCGAUGGUGGAGGUUAAAAAGGAUCUGAAACGAAGUGCCAGUGCCAUAGAACUUUCCAAAGAUCGCCUAAAGGAGGUAAAAGUGGAGGGACAAGAGAAUACGACCGCAUCAGCCAAAAAUCCACCCACCACCACCAAACCGACAUCCAAAAUACCCGAUUCAAAGUCGUGGAUGAUAAAAAGAACGUACGCACCGAAGGAGCCACCCGUAGCGGGCAUGAAGCGUCCGGCAGAAGCGAACAGCGAAGAAUCGGAUGAUGUAGCACCGAGCAAACGGCCAGCGUUGAGCCGAAAAACGCUAAAUCCAUCGAUGAUUCGUGUAAUCGAAGAGAAAGGAAAAACCACCAAUCCACAGCAACAGGUAAAGGUUGGUGCAAUAGUAGCAAGUUCGACGGCCACAACUGCUGCUCCUAAUGUCACCGCCAGCAGCAUCAAUCUGAAGCGUGUUGCAAAGUCGGAAGUCACGAAAGGCACAUCGGUGGUAAAUAUUGGUGGCAAGAUGAUAAAGGUACAAAAGAUUAGCAAGGAGGAGGUGGCUGCCCGGGCGGCCCAGCUUAAGGGAAAAUCGUAG